AUGGUCUUAUUCUGUGUGGAGUACAUAACAGUUAAUCUUGUGGAAAUAGCCAGUGAAGUUGGGCUCCUUUUUACCAACCACACGAAGGAGGAGGUGAAUGAGUGGUUCACAAAGUAUACAGAAAGGGAUUUUGCUUCAGCUGGGAACAAAGCAACUUUAACUGUGAGCCUGGAUCCAGGGCUCCUGGAGCAGUUCCCUCAUUCCAUGGAGCCACAGCUGAGGCAGCAGGGCCUACCCAUUGCCCUCAAGAAAGGUGUGGUGACCCUGCUAUCUGACUAUGAAGUAUGCAAGGAGGGCGAUGUGCUGACCCCAGAGCAGGCCCGUGUCUUGAAGCUUUUUGGGUAUGAGAUGGCUGAAUUCAAAGUGACCAUCAAAUACAUGUGGGAUGCCAAGUCUGGAAGGUUCCAGAAGAUGGACAAUGACCUACCUGAGAGCACAGCUGAGUCUGAGGGAGAUUCCAAGGAAGAGGAUGACAGCUGA